CUGCAGAGAGGUCUAGCCCAAGCCUCUGCGUCCACCUUCAUCAUGUUGCGCAUCAUCUCAAGCACGCUAUGCGCCGGCAUCCUUCUCACCUCUUGUGCCUCUGCCCAGUCAGGAGGUCCACAAUCCGGCCUCCAAUACGGUGAAAACUGGUUAGUGGUGCAGAAAGAUUCGGACAUUGUCGCGAGGGCAUUUCCCAAAGUCAACAUCACACUGCAUGCGCCUGCCUUCUCCAAGCCAGAAACUGUGCCUGCACGCUUUGCCAAUGGCUCCGAAGGCCCGGCUGAUGAGAUCGACCAUGACUAUUUCAUCCGCAGCCUUGCUCGCAAGAACUCGUGGUUGUCGUACGAGACGGCCGACUUCUUGUCGGAGGAGGGCCGCGCCAUCCCCUACCUCUAUCUGUCCACGCCCGGCAAAGGCGAGGAGAAGAAGCUGCGCGUCUAUAUACAAGCUGCCAUCCAUGGCAAUGAACCGGCAGCUGAUCAGUCUGUUCUUGCGCUGCUGGGCAAGAUGGACGCUGAACCUUCCUGGGCUGAGUCGAUCCUCGAGAAGAUGGACAUCAAAGUGCUGCCUCGUUACAACGUCGAUGGUAUCGCCUACUUCCAGCGCCAGCUAGCCUACAAUCUGGAUAGGAACCGCGACCAUAUCAAGCUCGCUCGUAAGCAGAGCAGGAACAUCAAGCGCGUGGUGACUCACAUCAACCCCAACAUUCACCCCGAUAUCGUGGACCAAGUCCUGAAAAAAUUCAUUCCUGCCAUGGGAGACGCCCUGAAGGAGUACGGUCUGCGUUGGGAGCCCUACGUCACGAACGGCGCCAGCGACGACGACCCCGAUGAUGCCGUUGUCCUCGAGGAGGCUGUCACCGAGGCCCGCACUGGUCGCAAUGCAAUCGGUCUAACGCAGACCAUUUCCUUCCUGUUGGAGAUGCGUGGCAUCCGCUUAGCGGACCAGCACUUCCACCGCCGCGUUGCCACUGCCCUGGUCAAGAUUCACACAAUCCUCGAGACCGCUCGCGACGACUUUGACAGUGUCCUUUCCACGGUCGAAGAUGCCCGUCAAGACUUCAUUGAAAGCGACGAGGAAAUAAUCGUUACGGACUCGUACGUCCGUGAGACGCGCAAUUUCACCCUCAUUGACAUCAACAAUGGCAGUGUCGUUCAUCCCCAGAUUGACUUCAUCCGGACGACCCCCUCCGAGGCAAACCUCACCCGCGCCAGGCCCGAGGCCUACAUCAUCCCUCGCCCCUGGUUUGACGUUGCCAACAAGCUUGAGAACCUCGGUCUUGAGGUCGAAAGGCUGGAGCACGGGUUCAACGGAACCGUCGAGACGCUGAUCAUCGAGACGUCCCGAGUGACUCCGUCGCAGUACGAGGGCACCUAUCUCAAUACGGUGACUACCACUGCUCGAGAAAGGGACGUCGUGCUACCACCGGGCAGUUUCCGGGUCAGCACCAGGCAGAAGAAUGCGGCUUUGGCAUUCAUUGCGCUUGAGCCCGAGAACAUUGACAGCUAUGUCACAUUCAACAUCAUCCAGGUCGAUCAAGGCGAAGAGUAUCCUGUGUUUAGGGUGCCCAGUGAGAAGUAA